UAACAAGUGUCCUAACUAACCAUGUAAACAGACUGCUGUUUUUACUGUAUGUCUGAAUGUCGGUCUUCUCUCAGCUGGGACGGUGUUCUGGAUUGCUAUAUACAAAACAGAGCGGGAUCAUUGAUUUUCUACUCAUGAUUAAAUAAUGUAUUAUUAUACAUGUGUAUGUUGACGCGCCAUGUCAGUAUAAACACGUGCCCUACAUCAUAGGAUCACGAGGAAACUACUAUAGUCUUCUUUAAUUAACAGAUAAAACAUUGGGAAUGUGAAGAGAACGUUAAGGAAUAUCUUCAUAGGUUUUUCUGCCACAUCGGUCUUGGGAAAUGUCUCCGACUAGCUGAUUAAGAAGAGCAACCCAACAGGAUGUCUGAAGCACUAAAUGUGCACGUGAGGGCGGUGGUUGAACGUCUGCUGCAGAGGGACAUUCCUGACCAGAUCGGAGAAGCAUCGGGUGUGCACUUCCAACUUACUAGGAUGCGAACAACAAAUCUACAUUUACCGUCAGCGGCGUUGAUACAAGACAACAUCACCACAAGAGGAGGUGGGCUAAGCAUGACGGGAAACUACCACUUUACAUACGGCAGAUUACUUUCUGGUGACGGAGAUUUCGACGUCAUUGUAUCAGGUCUUUCAUUGGUCAUCAGUCUCCCACCACGACAUCGAUAUCAAAACAUCCGCCAUUCUAGGGCUUCCCCAGUCAACUCAUCUCACGGGGAACCCCAGGGUCACCAUACAGCUGACCAUGACACUAUCAAUAGGUUUGUUCACCAUGGUAACGUCGAGUGUACAGUGAGGAAGGUGAAGAUUAAGUUCCGGGGAAAGUCGGCCCGACUCUGUGGAUUUCUGACUAAGGUUUUCUCCAGAUGGAUUGUCUCACAACUGCAAGUCAGCACAGCGGAAUUUGUAAAGAGUUGGUUUCGCGAAGAACCAGACAUGUCUGCUAUUGCUCUUAUGGCUCUCUUUGCGAUGAAUGACGAAAAUGCAGUAGACGAAGAAGAGAUGCAUGGUGCUCUUUCACGACUUAGGUGCUGGAGGUUUCGCAGGAGAAGAGAAUUACACUAGGUCAUGUGAUGUUCCACGGACGUCAUGUGACAAGAUCUUCACAUUUGAUUCUUCUAUAAGCAUUAAGGAAAAUACCGAAGUCAAUAAACUUUAUUUUGUCAUAUUUUAUUAUUUAUUUAUUGAUAUACUCUAAUUUUAGUAUUUUUAUAACAAUAUUUUUAUUUGACAAUAUACUCGUUAGGAGAAAAUAAUAAAAGAACUGAAUU